CCGCCCCCCUCCGGCCCGGGACACGUCCGCGGCGCGCGGAGCGGCCGGGGGCUGUCGAGCCAGGUUGGAGGCAUCUGAGGUUCCUCAGAUCCCGAACUGCAGGCUGGGAGGAGGUGAGAUCCACGGGCCGGGCUCUGACCAUCUUCCUGGAUCGCAGAGGCUUCGACCCCCAGCGCCAGGACUCUUCCCUUAGCCCCGUGGCCCCCAGGAUGCAGCCCCAGGAGAGCAGCAUCCAGUACAGUAGGUGGGAGGACAGCAGCCGGGAUGAAGUCAGCGUGGCCAGCGGGCCCGGCGCAGAGGAGGCCUCGGGCUGUAAGAGGGUCUCCCGGAAGCUGUGCUCGGGCAAGCUGGGCAUCUCCUUGAAGGUGCUGGGUGGAGUGGCCCUCUUCUGGGUCGUGUUCACCCUGGGCUACAUCACCGGCUACUUCGUGCACAAGUGCAAAUGAACGCUGCCCAGAACAUGCGCCCGGGGCGUGGGCUCGGAGGGACACCCCGUGUGCGAGAACCCCUCCGUGUACACGGACCCGCCGGUCUGCACGGACCUCAGCGUACGCAGCCUCCCAUGUACACAGACCCUCCUCUCUAUACACAGGCUCCCCUCUGUGUACACAGCCCCUCACCAUGCACACAGACACUCUCCCCCCACCAGCGCACAGACUUCAGGGGCGCACGGGGCACACGGGGCACACAUACUGGCCUCAAGCUCACGGGGACACCACUGUGCACAGCUGUCACAGGCACCCACAGGCGUACAGCCAAACAGGGACACGGGUACACAAGGACACACACGUGCACACCUGGCACACACAGCCACCCAGGGGCCCACGUGGCUGGGAGGCCGGGCCCAGCCUGAGCUGGGGCUGCAGGGUACACCCAGGCUAGGCCCUAAGUCCAGGGCCCCGAGAGCUCCCCUUCUCCCCCAGGCCGAGGGCACAGGCCUGGCAGCCCCAGGGUGGGGUCCUCCCUGGGUGGGCAUCGUGCGGAGCUGUGUGGCCCUGACCAGGCCCCUGCCCUCUCUGGCCCUUCCGACUCCCGUUGUGAAAGGAUGGCUCUGAGGGGGUGUAUGUGUGUCCCUCUGUCCAUCCACCCUCCCCGGGGGCUGAGUCAUUUCCUGGGUAGAGUGGGGAGAGGGGCCUUAGCCCUUGUCCCAGACCCCCCACUGCAUCUUCCCUCCAGGAAGGUGGACACGUUCCCCGGGGCUGUCCACUCCACGGAGUGGGGCCUGCAGGAGCCCGGCCCCUCCGCCGGCGCCCUGCAGGAGGCCCAGACCCUGCACAUGGAGGUCGUCAUUAAAUGUCUGCUGAAUGAAAA